AUGGGGAGAGAAAGGGGGUCAGAUAAGUGGAAAGAUAAGAGACGGCAAAGAUAGAUUAAGAAAGAAUGGUAAAAGUCAGACAAAAGAGGUGGAUAAAGAAAUGUAGAAUACUGACAGAUGCAGAACAAAGGAGGAGAGCAGGAAGAGGAGAACCCUUUUCACCCCGUCAGAUGUUGUUACCUCACUGACAGGUCUCUGACCUCCUCCCUAUAGGCUGUCUCAUCAUUGUCGGUGAUCGCGCCUACCACUGUUGUGUCGUCAGCCAACUUGAUGACGGUGUUGGAGUCGUGCUUAGCCACGCAGUCAUGGGUGAACAGGGAGUACAGGAGGGGACUGAGCACGCAACCCUGAGGGGCUCCCGUGUUGAGGAUCAGCAUGGCAUAUGUGUUCUUACCUGCCUUUACUACCUGGGGGCGGCCCGUCAGGAAGUCCAGGAUCCAGUUGCAGAGGGAGGUGUUUAGUCCCAGGGUCCUUAGUUUAGUGAUGAGUUUUGAAAGAACUGUGGUGUUGAACGCUGAGCUGUAGUCAAUGAACAGCAUUCUCACAUAGGUGUUCCUUUUGUCCAGGUGGGAAAGGGCAGUGUGGAGUACGAUUGAGAUUGCGUUAUCUGUGUCUCUGUUGUGUUGGUAUGUGAAUUAGAGUGGGUCUGGGGUGUCUGGGAUAAUGGUGCUGAUGUGAGCCAUGACCAGCCUUUCAAAGCACUUUAUGUUUACCGACGUGAGUGCUACGGGGCGGUAAUGAUUUAAGCAGGUUACCUUCACUUUCUCGGGCACAGGGACAAUGGUUUUCUGUUUGAAACAUGUAGGUAUUACAGACUCGGUCAGGGAGAGGUUGAAAAUGUCAGUAAAGACACUUGCCAGUUGGUCAGCGCAUGCUUUGAGUAAACGCCCUGGUAAUCCGUUUGGCCCAGCGGCUGUGAAUGUUGACCUGUUUAAACGUCUUGCACACAUCGGCUACGGAGAGUGUAUUCACACAGUCGUCUGGAACAGCUGGUGCUCUCAUGCAUGCUUCAGUGUUGCUUGCCUCAAAGCAAGCAUAAAAGGCAUUUAGCUCGUCUGGUAGGCUCGCAUAACUGGGUAGCUCGCGGCUGGGUUUCCCUUUGUAGUCCGUAAUAUUUUUCAAGCACUGCCACAUCCGACGAGUGUCAGAGCCGGUGUAGUAGGAUUCAAACUUAGUCCUGUAUUGAUUAUUUGCCUGUUUGAUGGUUCAUCUGAGGGCAUUGCGGCAUUUCCUAUAAGCAUCUGGAAUAGUGUCCCGCUCCAUGAAAGUGGAAGCUCUUGACUUUAGCUCGGUGCGGAUGUUGCCUGAAAUCCAUGGAUUCUGCUUGGGAAAUGUAUGUACAGUCACUGUGGGGACGACAUCGUCAAUGCACUUAUUGAUGAAGCCGGUGAUUGAGGUGGCAUUCUCCUCAAUGCCAUUAGAUGAAUCCCGGAACAUAUUCCAGUCUGUGUUAGCAAAACAGUUCUGUAGCAUAGCAUCCGCGUCAUCUGACCGCGUCCGUAUUGAGCGAGUCACUGGUACUUCCUAUUUCAGUUUUUGCUUGUGAGCAGGAAUCAGUAGGAUAUAAUAUUUGUCUGAUUUGUCAAAUGGAGGGCGAGGGAGAGCGUUGUAUGCGUCUCUGUGUGUGGAGAGUCUAGAAUUGUCUUCCUUCCUCUGGUUGCACAGGUGACAUGCUGGAAGAAAUUAGGUAAAAUGGAUUUAAGUUUGCCUGCAUUAAAGUCCCCGCCCACUAGGAGUGCCGCUUCUGGGUGAGCAUUUUCUUGUUUGCUUAUGGCCUUAUGCAGCUCGUUGAGUGCGGUCUUAGUGCCAGCAUCGGUUUGUGGUGGCAAAUAGACGGCUACGAAUAAUAUGGAUGAGAACUCUCUUGGUAGAUAGUGGGUCUACAGCUUAUUAUGAGGUACUCUAGCUCAGGCGAGCAAAACCUCCAGACUUCUUUAAUAUUAGACAUCGCUCACCAGCUGUUAUUGACAAAUAGACACACACCCCCGCCCCUCGUCUUACCAGACGUAGCAGCUCUGUCCAGCCGAUACACAGAGAAGCCAGCCAGCUCUAUAUUAUCAAUUUUGUCGUUCAGCCACGUCUCGGUGAAACACAAGAUAUUACAGUUUUUAAUGUCCCGUUGGUAGGAUAGUCUUCAUCGUAGAUGGUCCAGUUUUUAAUGUCCCGUUGGUAGGAUAGUCUUCAUCGUAGAUGGUCCAGUUUUUAAUGUCCCGUUGGUAGGAUAGUCUUCAUCGUAGACGGUCCAGUUUUUAAUGUCCCGUUGGUAGGAUAGUCUUCAUCGUAGAUGGUCCAGUUUUUAAUGUCCCGUUGGUAGGAUAGUCUUCACCGUAGACGGUCCAGUUUUUAAUGUCCCGUUGGUAGGAUAGUCUUCAUCGUAGACGGUCCAGUUUUUAAUGUCCCGUUGGUAGGAUAGUCUUCACCGUAGAUGGUCCAGUUUGUUUUCCAAUGAUUGCAUGUUGGAAGGAAGUGGUGGUUUACCUACUGAGAAUCCUUACAAGGCACCCCGCCCUCCUCCCCUUUCUCCUCCGUCUUUUCUUAAAGCUGAUGACAGGGAUUUGGGCCUUGCCUUGACAAAGCAGUAUACCCUUCACUUCGGACUCGAUUAAAGACAAAUUAUUUGUCCAGUUCAAGGUGAGUAAUCGCUGUUCUGAUGCCCAGAAGCUAUUUUCGGUCAUAAGAGACGGUAGCAACAACAUUAUGUACAAAAUGAGUUACAAAACAAUGUGAGAAAACACACUAAAUAGCACGGUUGGAGCCCGUAAAACGUCAACCAUCCCAUCCUGGCGCCAUCCUGUCUGUGUGUUGAGAUACAUCUCCCUCAGCCGCAGCCCCAACACCUCACACGGGAGGAAUAGAUCAACAGACACCCCGCGCAGACCAGCAAGACACUCUCCCAGACCUGCGGGACCCCCCCCGGAUAUAUACCCAGAGGACCACCAGCCACAUCCACACUCCCACCCCAAGCAAUCAAUACCCCCCCGCCCCCGCCAAACAAACCAUGCCCACACCCUAUAAAUGCCCCCUCAGAUCUAUGCCCCUCAGAUCAGACCUUUCAGACACACAAGCCAUGUCUCAAUUGUCUCAAUACUUAAUAAUCCUUCUUUAAACUGUCUCCUCCACCUUCAUCUACACUAAUUUAAAUGGAUUUAACAAGUGACAUCAAUAAGGGAUCAUAGUUUUUAGCUGGAUGGACCUGGUCAGUCUGUGUCAUGGAAAGAGCAGGUGUUCCUAAUGUUUUGUAAACUCAGCGUAUGCUUAUCAGGCCUGGAACUUCCUGAUUUUAGGGGCAAGGCCAAUAGGCCUUAAAGGGGUGCCCAAUUUGCCGGGGCACCAAGGCCAUCGGCCAGGGCACCAAGGCCAUCGGCCAGGACACCAAGGCCAUCGGCCAGGACACCAAGGCCAUCGGCCAGGGCACCAAGGCUAUCGGCCGGGGCACCAAGGCUAUCGGCCAGGACACCAAGGCCAUCGGCCAGGGCAACAAGGCCAUCGGCCAGGACACCAAGGCCAUCGGCCAGGACACCAAGGCCAUCGGGCAACAAGGCCAUCGGCCAGGACCCCAAGGCCAUCGGCCAGGACACCAAGGCCAUCGGGCAACAAGGCCAUCGGCCAGGACACCAAGGCCAUCAGCCAGGACACCAAGGCCAUCGGCCAGGGCACCAAGGCCAUCGGGCAACAAGGCCAUCGGCCAGGGCACCAAGGCCAUCGGCCGGGGCACCAAGGCCAUCGGGCAACAAGGCCAUCGGCCAGGGCACCAAGGCCAUCAGCCAGGGCAACAAGGCCAUCGGCCGGGGCACCAAGGCCAUCGGCCGGGACACCAAGGCCAUCGGCUGGGGCAACAAGGCCAUCGGCCAGGACACCAAGGCCAUCGGCCAGGACACCAAGGCCAUCGGCCAGUGCACCAAGGCCAUCGGCCAGGGCAACAAGGCCAUCGGCCGGGGCAACAAGGCCAUCGGCCAGGACACCAAGGCCAUCGGCCAGGGCAACAAGGCCAUCGGCCAGGGCAACAAGGCCAUCGGCCAGGACACCAAGGCCAUCGGCCAGGACACCAAGGCCAUCGGCCAGGACACCAAGGCCAUCGUCCAGGGCAACAAGGCCAUCGGCCGGGGCAACAAGGCCAUCGGCCAGGACACCAAGGCCAUCGGCCGGGGCAACAAGGCCAUCGGCCAGGGCACCAAGGCCAUCGGCCAGGACACCAAGGCCAUUGGCCAGGGCACCAAGGCCAUCGGCCAGGACACCAAGGCCAUCGGACAGGGCAACAAGGCCAUUGGCCGGGGCACCAAGGCCAUCGGCCGGGGCAACAAGGCCAUCAGCCAGGAAAACAAUGCCAUCGGCUGGGGCACCAAGGCCAUUAACCAAAAAUAG